AUGCCCCUAGGGCACCAGCUCUCCCCCUGCUACUUCCACCCCCGCUCGGCCAUAUCCACCCACUCGACCCAAAAUCACACCCCCGACGGGCUCAUCACACCCGGCCAUAACACCGGCCGCACCCCCGGCUUCUCACCCCGUCACACACUCACCCUGCCUCAGCUACCCACUCACUCAACCAGGCUCAUUUUUGAGCCAUCCCCCACCGAUUCUGAUGAUUAUCGCGCUCUAGGCCCGUUUCCUAAUGAUGCAACGGUGCUAGCAGAAAUGGAGUUUUAUCUAACCAAAGACUUGGAUUUCCAUCAGAUUGUUUGGCCUUAUCGGGAUCUAGCACAAUUUGUUGGACGAGAGGAUUCUGCCGGCCGUACCAAAGGAUGCCAUGGAACGAAUGAGCGAAUGGACACCUGGCCCUAA